GGCGGGCGGGGGUGCGCGGGGGGAGGAGAGCGCGCGCGCCGCCCGGGCCCCGGCCUUCCCAGCCUCCCGGCCUCCGCGCCUGCCUCCCGCCCGCGCGCACCGGCUGCCGGCCGCCGCCGCUCCUGUUGGCGCCGGCGCUGCACGGGAGCCUGCCCUGCGCGGGAGCCGCCCGCCGCCGCCCGCUCCGCUCCGCGCUUUCCCCCGAAGAUGGGAGCCACCUCUUCCUGGUCGAGAGCGAUUUAAAAGGAGGGCGUGCGCGGCAUUGCCUGCUCGCGUGGAGGAACGGGGGAAGGUCCGUCCACGCGCCCCCAAACCAGGUUGGGACAGCUGGAAGUCGGCCGUUGUACAACAUGCUGCGAGUAAGUCUCUCACCCACCUUUUCGCUGGGAUUUCAUCUGUUAGUCAUCGUGGCUGUCUUAUUUUCCCAUGUGGACCGUAUAAGUGCCGAGACAGAAAUGGAAGGAGAAGGCAAUAAAACUAACGAGUGUACUGGCUCAUAUUACUGUAAGAAAGGGGUGAUUUUACCCAUUUGGGAGCCCCAAGACCCUUCCUUUGGGGACAAAAUUGCUAGAGCGACUGUGUAUUUUGUGGCCAUGGUCUACAUGUUUCUCGGAGUCUCUAUCAUUGCCGACCGGUUCAUGUCCUCUAUAGAAGUCAUCACGUCUCAAGAAAAGGAAAUAACCAUCAAAAAGCCAAAUGGAGAGACCACCAAGACAACGGUGAGGAUCUGGAAUGAGACAGUUUCCAACCUGACCUUGAUGGCCCUGGGGUCUUCUGCCCCAGAGAUUCUCCUUUCAGUCAUUGAAGUGUGCGGCCAUAACUUCACCGCGGGAGACCUGGGUCCCAGCACCAUCGUGGGAAGUGCUGCAUUCAAUAUGUUCAUCAUCAUCGCACUCUGUGUUUACGUGGUCCCAGAUGGGGAGACGAGGAAGAUUAAGCACCUGCGUGUGUUCUUCGUGACGGCAGCCUGGAGCAUCUUUGCCUAUACCUGGCUUUACAUUAUUCUGUCCGUCAUCUCUCCUGGGGUGGUGGAGGUCUGGGAAGGUUUGCUGACCUUCUUCUUCUUUCCCAUCUGCGUGGUGUUUGCUUGGGUAGCAGAUAGGAGGCUUCUGUUCUACAAGUAUGUCUACAAGCGGUAUCGGGCUGGCAAGCAGAGGGGAAUGAUUAUUGAACACGAAGGAGACAGGCCAUCCUCCAAGACUGAAAUUGAAAUGGAUGGGAAAGUGGUCAAUUCCCAUGUUGACAACUUCUUAGACGGGGCUCUGGUUCUGGAGGUUGAUGAGAGGGACCAGGACGACGAAGAGGCUAGGCGAGAAAUGGCGAGGAUUCUGAAGGAGCUCAAGCAGAAACAUCCAGAUAAAGAAAUCGAGCAAUUGAUAGAAUUAGCUAACUACCAAGUCCUAAGUCAGCAGCAAAAAAGCCGAGCCUUUUACCGUAUUCAGGCUACUCGCCUGAUGACUGGGGCGGGCAACAUUUUAAAGAGGCACGCAGCGGACCAAGCAAGGAAGGCUGUCAGCAUGCACGAGGUCAACACAGAAGUGGCUGAAACGGACCCUGUCAGUAAGAUCUUCUUCGAGCAAGGGACAUACCAGUGUCUGGAGAACUGCGGCACUGUGGCCCUGACCAUUAUCCGCAGAGGUGGCGAUCUGACCAACACUGUGUUUGUUGACUUCAGAACCGAGGAUGGCACAGCCAACGCGGGGUCUGAUUAUGAAUUUACUGAAGGGACCGUGGUCUUUAAGCCGGGCGAGACCCAGAAGGAGAUCAGAGUUGGCAUCAUCGAUGAUGACAUCUUUGAGGAGGAUGAGAACUUCCUCGUGCAUCUCAGCAAUGUCAAAGUGUCUUCAGAAGCUUCAGAAGAUGGCAUACUGGAAGCCAAUCACGUUUCUACACUCGCGUGCCUUGGCUCUCCCUCUACGGCCACCGUGACUAUCUUUGAUGAUGACCACGCGGGCAUCUUUACUUUUGAGGAGCCCGUGACUCAUGUGAGUGAGAGCAUUGGCAUCAUGGAGGUGAAAGUGUUGAGAACAUCUGGAGCUCGAGGAAAUGUUAUCGUCCCCUAUAAAACCAUCGAAGGGACCGCCAGAGGUGGAGGAGAAGACUUUGAGGACACCUGUGGAGAGCUCGAAUUCCAGAACGAUGAAAUUGUCAAAACAAUAUCAGUCAAGGUAAUUGAUGAUGAGGAGUAUGAGAAAAACAAGACCUUCUUCCUUGAGAUUGGAGAGCCCCGCCUGGUGGAGAUGAGUGAGAAGAAAGCCCUGUUAUUGAAUGAGCUUGGUGGCUUCACAAUAACAGGCCAACCUGUCUUCAGGAAAGUUCAUGCUAGAGAACAUCCGAUUCCCUCUACUGUAAUCACCAUUACAGAGGAAUGUGACGACAAGCAGCCGCUGACCAGCAAAGAGGAAGAGGAGAGGCGCAUUGCAGAAAUGGGGCGCCCCAUCCUGGGAGAACACACCAAACUGGAAGUGAUCAUCGAGGAAUCCUAUGAAUUCAAGAGCACCGUGGACAAGCUUAUUAAGAAGACAAACCUCGCCCUGGUGGUCGGGACGAACAGCUGGAGAGAGCAGUUCAUUGAAGCGAUCACUGUCAGUGCCGGGGAAGAUGAUGACGACGACGAAUGUGGGGAGGAGAAGCUGCCCUCCUGCUUCGAUUAUGUGAUGCACUUUCUGACUGUGUUCUGGAAGGUCCUCUUUGCCUUCGUGCCCCCUACAGAAUACUGGAAUGGCUGGGCAUGUUUCAUUGUCUCCAUCAUCAUGAUUGGCGUACUGACAGCUUUCAUUGGCGACCUGGCUUCCCACUUCGGCUGCACCAUUGGCCUGAAAGAUUCGGUGACUGCGGUUGUGUUCGUGGCACUCGGAACCUCAGUACCAGACACAUUUGCAAGCAAAGUGGCAGCUACCCAGGACCAGUACGCAGACGCAUCCAUUGGUAACGUCACUGGCAGCAACGCGGUGAAUGUCUUCCUGGGAAUCGGUGUGGCCUGGUCCAUCGCAGCCAUCUACCAUGCGGCCCACGGGGCACAGUUCAGAGUGUCCCCCGGCACGCUAGCUUUCUCUGUCACUCUCUUCACCAUUUUUGCUUUCAUCAAUGUGGGGGUGCUGCUGUAUCGGCGGAGGCCAGAAAUCGGAGGUGAGCUGGGUGGGCCCCGGACUGCCAAGCUCCUCACAUCAUCCCUCUUUGUGCUCCUGUGGCUCUUGUACAUUUUCUUCUCCUCCCUGGAGGCCUACUGCCACAUAAAAGGCUUCUGAAGGAACAAUCAGAUGUAGUAAAUUUAUAUAUAUAUACAUAUAUACAUAAACAAUACGUACAAUGAACAGAGGAAACUGACAUUUGUCAUGUUCUCUUACCUGCUGAUGGAAUCCAGCUUCAAGAGCAUACUUACUAGGGCUGAAGUGAGAAACCAUCACCUCCCAUUCCCAGGGGCAUCGUCGCAUGGAACAAGGCGUGGAGGCAGGGCCACAGGGGCAGCUGGCCUAGGCGGGCUGUGUCCUCUCCAGGUUCCUAAGUCCUUAAGUCUUUGAUUUGUUUUCUGUUCUGCCUUCUUUUCAGUGGGGGGUUGGGAGGUGGCUGAUGUCUGCCUUUUAUUGUUUUAGUUUUGUUUUGUUGGGAAGAUCGGGGUUCUUGCUUCUCUUGUGGGAGGUGAUGACCAAUCUAAAUGCAAAUGGAUUUUGGUAAAAAUUUAAGUCAUUAGGAUUACCUUCCCUUCCCCCAAACACUUUAAAAGUUAUUUUGGAUUAAGAAGGGAUAUGGGCACGGAAGAAGAAAGCAGCCCGUCUUCACGUUACUAAAUCCCAGCUUAGCUCUGGACCGUGAGCAGAGGUGAAGCUGCCUCUGAGAAGAAGUGUGGGAGCUGGGAUGGAGCCAGGAAGCAGUGAUGGUUCCCGAUGCCGUCUGAUAUUUAAAGAUAUGCUGCCUGGCACUCCUGAUCAACAGGUACAGGAAGAAUAAUGUGCCUAGAUUCCCAGAAACAUGCAAAACCCGUUACUUCUUCUCUCUUUAGCUCUGGAUUGUAAUUGGCAAGGCCCUUCUUCUGGUGUUUCAGCCCAGCUAUCUCCCCGGGUCCCCCAUCCCCUCCUCCUGCAAACAGGAAGAACAACUCCAUUCAAAACUCACAUCAUCCUUUGCCAUUUGCAUCAAUCCGUGUCCCAGUCCCAUGUUGCUGUUGCCUGGGAUGGAUCAUCUGUUGGUUUUCUUUUCAAAAGCAUCCAUGGCUUGCACAAUCCUGUUCCAGUCACGACUGAACAUUUGCUCCUCCUUCAUGUGCCUGUUUGGGAAUGUUGUUGUGAUACCUGUUACACAGUGCAUGGACGAAAAACAAAUAAAACAAAGCGUUAUCUGUAAAUAGUAGAGCAUAGCAUACACUGUUCUCCCAUUCAGCAGCGUUAACCGGACAUUGAAGACAUAAGUGAGUUUUCUUUUCACCUGUAACUUUUGUGUUGUUAUUGAGUUUAUGACUAGGGAUACAAGGAGAAAAUGGCUUAUUGUUCAUGGAGCUGCACAUUCAUUUUGAAGAAGCAAUAACUGUCACGGGGGACGUUAAAGCAAUGGAGAGGACAGCAGGCAAACCACAAAGUAUCUUCAUGGAAUAGUAGCCAUGUGGAGCACACCAGAGGCCUCUAAAAAACCGCCUGUUGAUUCAGGAAAGCCAAGGAGAAAGGUGUGGAGAAGUGGAUGCGGGAGGCGUGCCUGGGCUUGGAGAGCCUCUGUUUUUCCAGCGCCCUGUCCCUGAAGUAUUUAUUUCACAUCUGCUCUGUCUGGCACAGAUGGUAGAUAGUGCUGGUUUGUUCAUUUUAUUUUUUUAUCAAGGCUACUUUGAGCCCUGUUUCUUUCACCAUCCAGACCCCUCUGAUUGUACCUGCGUUUUUUGAGUAGGAAAGAGGUCAGGCUGACCAAUGAAUGGGUCUUUACAAGUGAGUCUUCUCUACUUACGACUGAGGGGUAAGCAGUUAAAGGAGAAGAGGAGUGCCUCCCAGCAGGGCUGCACUGGGAGGUUUUUGAUCCCUGGAAAGGGAAUGGCUCUUUCUAUUUUAAAAUACCAAAGAGCGUGGUGGAUAAACCCACAUUCCAAAGUAGUGAGUCCACUAAUGAGGAAAAAUGGAAUGAUGUUGGCCCCCUCUUAGAGAGUUCUCUGUCUAUAAAGAUUCUCAGAAUGGAGACACCCCUAGCCCUCUGUAUUAAUUCAAAGAUACUUAAGAAAUAAAAAGUGCUGAGAACUAUUUUCUCUUUUUCCACUCAGUGAUCAUGAUCAUUCAUCAUUUAAAUAAAGAUUUGGUGGCUAAAUUAAUAAUUAAAUGCUGGGUACCCACUCAAUAUGCCAGGAACUAUGCUGCCACCUGGGGACUAAAGUGUGAACAAAACAGCCCAAAUCCUUGCCCUCAGCCGGCUCACAGUUAAUGUGAUUGCUCUUUCCAUGAGUAAAAGUCAACCCAGCCACAUAGAAACAGAUUUAUCCUACAAGGAAAAACACAAUUAGGACACUUUUAAAAUAACACAUUGAAACUGUGCAAAUACAAUUGUUCAAAUACUUAAGUGUUGUUGUUUUUUUUAAUUGAGAGUAUAAAGCAUAGAUUAGGAAAAACAUCCUAGGUGUCCUUGGCCAAUCUUGCAGAUAGGACAUCUCAUCUUAAACCAAGAAAGGCAAUCAUGCUGGUAUUGCACGUCACUGCGAAGGCCCAAUUAAUCCCAGUUUCUAUCUUGGUUUGAUAACAACACUUUUCUAUGCCCUCUCUCUCUACAAUUCUUAUCUUUUGGAGACUCACCCCAACCUGCCAUGGCCUAGCACACUGGUGGCCUAACUCCUUUGGGGGCACAUGUUAAUUCCCUGCCCCUCCCCUUUUUUUAAGAUUUACUAAAUGGAAAACUAGCCUAGAAACACCAGGUAAAUGUUAUCAGGGGACAUGAGUUGUUUAAACAUUAGAAAGAUUUUGCGCUCAUUUUUAGCCAUAUUUGGAAUGUCAAUAGGCCCAUAGCAAAUUGUUACAGAGGACUUUUGAGAAAUUCUUGCCAUUGGUCAAUUUCAAUUUCAAAGCUUUUGGGUUUGUUUGCUUUUUAAAAUUUUAUGUUAUAGGGAUAUGAUUCUGGUUGUUCAGGGUUUAUUAUUAAUUAUAGUUGUGUAAAAUUAUUUUAUUUUGUUUGAUUAUUUUAUUUUGUGUGUAUUGUGCACAGCUUUAGGGAGAAACGCACUCAUUGUGCUGCUCCUUAUACAUGGUACACGUUUUUGACACAGAGAAAUAAAGUUUCUAAUUGUUUCUGACUUAAUCACUAGUUAUACAGCAUAUUCUGUAUGGAAUGUUUUCCUUCUUCUCAUUGUCAUCUACUUCAUAUUUUGUUUUCAUGUUUUAAAGAAAUAAAAACCCAAAAGGUAUUAUUGUGCAA